GUUUACUUGCAUUUCUUUUCCUGCAAAACUUCUGUGAAAAGCUUUACUAUGCGUUUCUUGCGCGUGAACUGCCACAGCAUUUGGGGAUUUCUACAACAGGCUUUCGAAACCGAAAUCAGAGUUUGAGAAAAUGUCCUCAGAAGGAACAGAAAGUAUAGUAGGGAGUGAGGUGAUGCCCCUAGACUAUGGGAGCAUGGACUCAGAGAGUAGUCCAUCUCCAUCUAGUUCGGAGAAGACGGUGGAGGGGGUGAGAGGAGAUGAGGUGGUAGAGGUUGGGGGGAAUGAGGUGGUAGGGGUUGAGGGAGAUAGCAUACCCAUCACUGUAGUAGAAGUAGAGGGUAGAGGAGAGAGAGAUUAUGAUGUGAAUGCAGAGAUAGUGGAGGAGGUGAAGCAGUAUAGAUCUGAACUAAGGACCAGGGAUAGCCUGGGUCACUUAGUAGAAAAUUACAAGAUCUCUUCCCGAGUGUUAGUUAGGCCAGCUAGGGUAGAGGAGAGAGUGUGUUCUGCUCCUUGGGAUCAUUGGAUGCCCGUAUAUUCCCACUAUCUGAUAGCGGGGUUGAGGUUUCCAAUUCCUGAGUUGCUAGUAGGUUUGUUGUUAGACUAUAAUAUAGGGUUGACACAAUUAGUCCUCAACGCUAUGAGGGGGGGUAGUAGGAGGGAUAAGGGGUGGUAUUACUUCACCCCUAGGGUAGCUAAUAAGGAGAGUAGUUUAAACGAAGAUGAGGAGGAAGAAGUGAGGAAGUUGGUGAGGAAGGGGGGGGAUUUAUUGAACAUUAUGGACCUCACCAGUGCACAAUGCAUAGAAGCUGCUGAGCUCUAUGGGCCAAGCACUUUAAGUGAAUCUAAAAUGGAUCAGUUUUUGAACACUGCUGGAGGAGUGGCUAUCCCCAAGAAGCCAAGGAAGAAGUCAAGGACUUCAACCAAGCAAGUGGAUGAGGGGAGGGCUAGGAAAGAGGUAGUGCCCGCGACUUCAGCUGAGACAGAGGAGGAGGUGCCACAGUUGAAGAGGAAGGGUUGGGAGGAGAUGAGGGCAUUGCUGAAGAAGAAGAAAGUGGUGGAGGGGGAGGAGAGGGGGAAUGAGGGGGCUGAGGUACGAGCUCCUGGUAAGGGAAAGGGCCCUAUUCCCCCGGUGGCGUGUCAGAGCAGCCUGUUCGAGGCGAAGAACAUGACGGGGGCUAGGUGGUUCAUCAACAGCACCUUCCCCGAAGUAGACAAACGCAACGCGCGGGAUGAGGCUUUGAGGUAUGGUGGAGCGUCUGUUGUGAAGCACGUUCUUAAGAGCGCGAGCUGGGUGAAUGGUCUAGCCCAGGAGUUCAUGGAUAGCAUGAAGGAGCGCUCACUCUUGCAGAGGCAGUGUGACCAACUGCAGAAGGAGAAUGAGGAGCUGGAGAAGAAAAAUAAAGAACUGCAAGAGUCGUUGAACGAGGUGGUUCCAACUGUGAAACAGUUGGAGCAGGAGAGGGCUUCCCUGAGCACCAAGCUCGUCUUUGAGGAAAGCAAACGAAGGAUCUCUGAAAGCGAGUGUGAGGCUCAGGCUCAAGAAAUAAAGCUGAUGAAGGAGGCUUUCGUGGAGCUGAAGGAGAAUGUGCAGACCUUGGUGCACAAUGGGAUGAAGGAGCACAUCAGCAACUUCAUCAACUCCAGCUCGUUUGACAACAUCGUCAACUUGUACCGGCUGCCCACUGCCAUCAUUGCAUUCACGGACUGCAGGAAGAAGGUGAAGGUAGAAUAUCCCGAAGUGGAUAUUACGAAGAUCACCUUCGGCGAGCAAGAAGAAGGAGUGGAGGAAGACGGUGAGAGCAUGUCAGCAGACUUCCGUCCUCAGAUCAAACUGAGGUGGGAGCAUGAUGCAAACGAACGUGUUAUUUUUCCUCCACAGUUCGACUUCGAGUUCAUUGCAGUGGAGGAAGAAGGGGCAAAGGUAGAGGAAGACGAGGUGGAGGCAGGAGUGGAGGGAGUUGAAGUGGAUGAGAGCCAACCAGUUUCAGAAGUGGAGAUUCAUCCAGUUCCUUCCGACGAUGAGCAGCCUUCUCUGCCAGACAAGCAGCAGCCAACACAGCCACCUCCUCCAGCUGAGCAGAAACCAGUGGAACCACCUCUCCCAGCAAAGAAAUAAUUUUUUUUUUAAUUUUUUGUAAAAUCAUUAAAAAAUUUGUAAUACUGUUAUUACGUUAAAUGAAAAUUCAGUUUUGAAAUUAUAUGUUUGUUUAUGUUUGCUUUAUAUUUUUGUUAUUUUUUAUGAAUAAAAGAACUGAGAGUAC